AGUCGUCGUCAUCCAUCAUUCUUUUCGUGCAGUGACGUGGUGUAGUGUGGAUUGCAAAUUUUCCGAGCUUGCGUAAUAAUCUACGGAAAUCCAUUGAAAAAGUGUCACAUUUUGAGCAAUAAAAAAUUGACUUUUUUUCGAGGCCAUGGAUCCAAAUUGGAUUGAGAAAUUUAACAGGCUUUUUCUGGACGACGACGACAGCGACUCUGACGGCGACAGCGAUAAUAAGAACGAGCCGGAGAUGGACGUUGAGAAUAUGAUUAGCUUUUUCAGCGGUUCUAUGCCUGAGGAGUUGCUUUCUGGCCGCUUCAAAUCUAAAGAGAAUGCGGCGGCUGCCAACAUGUCCAAUGGGGUGGAGCAGCAGCCGUCAAUAGAUAAUGGGCCAUCCAACUCCCAGGAGCCGGUGGCGGCAGCGGCAGCCGGACGCUCCACUUCGCCGCAGAAUUCUGAUGUGGAAGACGAAAUGCCGUCUCCGUUGCGUCUCGCUGAGGCCUCGCAAUACUCGUGCUCCAUAAGCAGCGACGAGGAUGAUGAAUAUAUUCCACAGGAUUACUAUCCGGUGCCGGUGCCGGAGACCGAUGCAGAUGCAGAUGCUGAUGCUGCCACCGCUGCCACCGCCGCCACCGCCACCGACAGCACCGAAUCGAAGAAGAAAAAGAAGAAGAAGAAGCCGCGUCAGCGUCUACGCAUUCGCAACAAGGCCUUCCUGUCGUCUGUCGAAGUGGCCUUGGAUGUGCUGGCCAUGGCCGUUGCCAAUCGACUGCAUCAAUUGGGCGCCGAUGUCAAUAAUGAUGAGGAAAUCGCGAAAAUGGUCACCGAAGUUGUCGCCGAAAUGAACUUUCCCGAACACAUUGCUGAGGCCAUUGCAGCCGAAGCCACGAAAAUAUACAAAGGCACGGCCAAUCAGAGCAAGGAACAGAAUCUGAAAAAUCUGGAAAAGCUAAACCAAUUGAUCAAUCAGAUCAAUCAGAAUAAAUCUGAGUACGAAUUCGGUGAUUUUGGCAACUUCAAUGCCGCACUCGAUCCGAAUACCCACAAAGUGAUUUCACUUGAGAUUAAUGCCAAUCUAUUUGCCACCGAGGAGGAGCUGGCUACUUUUAAUCUAAUUGCCGCUAGAAAGCUAAACGCAGGCAAAUCAAAAUCAAAAUCUGGUGCGGCCAAAAAGAACGCUGACAAAAAAAAGGCUGACAAGCAGAAGAAAGAUUCGUCUGAGUUUAAGCCAUUUAAGGAGCGCUCUGACGAACGACGCGCCGCCAAGAUGUCGGAACGUCAGCGCCUAAUGAUCGAGCUGGAAAUGGGUAAGCAGAUCGAAAAGCAGGUCACCAAAUGGGCUGAUGCCCAUGCACGUCAGGAGCCCAAAACUGACGGAUUUGAUAUGCAACAAUUUUUGAACGAUCGUGCAGCACGCCGCCAGAAGGCAGAGGAGGGCGUGGAUGAGGCUCAGGCUGAGGCUGAGGCUGGGGCUGCUGAAUAUGAGUUCGGUGUCAACGAUAUUCUGGCGAAUUUGGAGAAGCAGGAUGAGGCAGCUACGGGCCGUCCACGCGCAUCAGCAGUAGAAAUGGUCGAUAAGAGUGUUGGCACAGACGAUGAUUAUGGUGUCGGAAAAGAGGAACCCAAAGCGGCUACACCAGCUCCACCACCAGCUGCUGCUGCUCCAGCUCCAGCUCCAGCUGCUGCUGCUGCUGGUCGUCGUUCAUGGUUCGCCGGACCGAUGUUUAUGCCGAGUGCUGCUACGUUGAAGCAGGACUUGGACAAGAAGGCCAAGGAUGCAGAGAAAAAUGAGACUGCGAAGUCUCAGACUGACUAUGAUGAGGAGGAGCUGCUGUUGGAAUGGUAUGAAAAUGGAGAGGUGAAAAGUGGCCACGUCUGGCCACUGGUAUUGGGAAAACGUAAUUCAAAAAAAUAAACAAAAACAAAAAACUCCAAAAAAAAAAAAAAACGAAGAAAGGUUAGAAGAAGCAGAAGAAGAAGAAGAAGAACAGAGAAAGACAGUUAACAGAAGUUGGCAAAAUUUAAUGUAAAACGAAAGAAAAAUCUAAACAAAAUUUAUUUGUAACGCGAAAAAUAUCAAAAAAGAAGAAAGCAGCGAA